AAAAACAAUUUCACGAAGCAGAAAGAAAUGACUGAUAAUUUAUAGAAUAUAAUAUAUUUUGUUUUCGUAGUUAACUUGUGCGUAAAAAGGGAUUUCCAUGUAGUCCACAAUUACAUGAAAUGCAUGUUAUCUAGCAUGGAUCAAUGCGAACACCACUGGAUUUUUUACGCGAUACAGGGUUUAAUUUAUUUAAAACGGAGGCAAAAUGUUUUGUAUGAAAAUGCUGUUCUGGAUGAAGCAGUAAAUGGACAAUAUAUCUAAGUAUUAUUGUGGGCCACAGCCUGCUCACUGCUGCCAAGGUGAAGUGCACAAUUGUUCUAUUUAUUUCAUAUCUAGGAUGGGAGGACAUUCCUUUUUGUAUUUACAUGCUACCGCCGAGAAUAUAAAACGGUGAUCUUGAAAGUAGCUUAUUUGUUUAUCGGAAAAAUAUCUGAAAUACUGUGUUGCUCAGCGUAUAAAAAUUUUUAAUUAUUAUUUGGUUAUGUGGUGAUGUUGUGUUUAGGCUAUUAAAGCAGAUCAUUGUGAGAUGCAAUAAAAUCCAGUUUAGUGUUGUGAUAAUCAUAUUGGUCAAUAAAACGUGAGUGUCUAUUAGUUUAAAAAAAUGCUUGAGUGAAUAUCAUCCAUGUUUAAUUUAGGCCAAAUGUCCAUUUUGUGAAUAAACCUUGACUGAUCAAGUACUGAAACCAAUGUGUUUGGAAGGUGUGCAGCUCAAAUAUGGCCAUAGUAAGGGUAAAUGUAAUGUUUAAAUAAAUAUACUAAUUAAUAAUAUUGCUCUCCUGGAUUGGCCUAGACCACCCCAUGUAUGGUUCAUACAGGCACUGAAUGAUAGCAAAAGUAAAUAUCUAGGAUGAAUUACUUGUUAAUGAGAAAUUAGCUGUGUCUCUUUUUGCCAUAGCAAUAGCUAGCCUAGUUGUGGUUCUGUACUGGUCAUCACUUUCGCAUUCGAUUAGAAUAAAUAGUCUGAGCUCUUCCUUUGAGAUCUUAUCAGGACUGACUGCAAUGGACAGUUCCUAGCUCAAUAUGAAAUUGGACCUUCCUCACAAUGUCUUUGAAAAUCAAUGCCACUUGUAAAAAGGGAGACCUUUUGUUUAAAGAUGUAUUGUUUUCUAUUUUCACUUCUGUCAGACUGUGCAGACGUUGACUUACCAUCAGCAAAACCCAUCAAGAUUUUUGCAAGGAUAUUAAGCAUUGGCCUACUCUCACAGCCUUUUAAAAAGUGGCGCUGGUCAGUGUUCCAUACGACGUCAUGACGUCCUCAUCCGGAGUGUGUUAUCCAGAGGAAUCCAUGAACCCCAGUAUCCCCAAAGGCUAGAAUGAGUCAUGUGAGGAAUACAAAACUGCCUGGUAUGCCGGGAAAGACUCUUUGUCCGACUCCAAGUUGUCGGACAGCUGACAACUCAAGCAUCAUUUGCCUCGUGCUGCCAUUGGAGGAAACUUCCACGUGACAUAAAGGAUGGAAGUUAUGCGCAAGUGUUUGGCGGUGAUCUGGAACACAGCGCGGGACAUAGCGGAGGCCAUAUCCCGGAACUACCGAUGCGCACUGACUUUUCUCAAACAAGCGCUAAUCUUGGUGAUGUCAGCCGUAUCUCAAGUGAGAUUCACGCUCACUGGAGCUCCCAGGGCCCCACGGACAGAGGUCCAAGCGUUGCAGGAGAUGCAUGCUCGAGCCAGAGUGUUGAGUUUUACCCUCACUGGCUUUCAACGGAGCACAUAUACCCUUGGAUGAAAGAGAUGCGACCGACCCACAAUCAGAAGGUGGUUCACUCUACUUCAAAAACAGGUGAAGCAGGUGGUGGUUCUGAUGGAGCCCAUCUCCCGGUGACGGGCAGGAUUGGCGGCUUCAAGGGGAAUAGCAAGCGAGCGCGCACAGCCUUCACCAGCUCACAGCUGCUGGAGCUGGAGAAGGAGUUCCACUUCAGCGCAUACCUGUGUCGCCCGCGGCGACUGGAGAUGGCGUCUCUACUGAAGCUCAGCGACCGGCAGAUUAAGAUCUGGUUUCAGAACCGUCGCAUGAAGUGCAAGAAGGACCACAGGGAACGGGUGAUGGCGAUGGGACGAGUGAAUGCCUCUGCAGCAGACAUGUGUCAUCGCAGCCCAGCUGGACCCCCAUCUCCACCUCCAUACAGAAGCAUUAACACCUGUCAGCAAGGUGACAUCUCUUUACCACCCCACACAUACCUGCUCUGUGCGAUACCUGAUCACACAGCAAGGCUAAGCACUGGCUAUUAUAUGCCUACGGCAACCAAUUCUGAUAAACCCAAAGGCAUUAGACAUGACGGCAAAGGAAAGCCUAGGGACUUGGCCAUCUCCCAGCCCAUUUGCACUGUUCUGGACCCUGAACUGGAUCUUUCUACAGCAUUUGGACUUGUUGGGUCACCUUCUGCCUUAGAGGGUGACGACAGCACACACCAUCACCAGGGUCAAGGGCUCUCUCUGACCUCCCAUACGCUCACACACCUGUAGUCACACACCUGCGCAGCCGCCUCUGUGCGCCGGGGCACAUGCGUCCGUCAGGUCCCAGUCAACAGCACUAACUCUCCCUGACGUAGCGCCCAGUCGGCGGCUUCACACUACUACGAGAACUUGUCCUCUCCAGCUGCCAGGUCUGUAGUGGGGAGCCAGGAUUUGUGGUGGUGAGCAUGGUGAUUUAGAGGGAAUUGUUAACUUUAAUGAACUCCAUACAUGUGUGGUGUUCCUGGGGAGGGUGCCGAGAGCAGCCCCCUCUCUCGUUAUCAGUGUGUGAAUGGGAGGUUCUGGCUGUGGACAAUCUUGCCUCUCUCUGAUAUAUUGCUCUUGGCUUGUUGUGUGUGGAUCCCGGCCAACUUCCAUGUUUUUGUCUGUGCAACUCAGAAACAAAAUGUGUUAUGAAAGGGAGGCCUUAAUAACAGCAUUGUUGUCCUCUUAAGAUUUACAUUAACUUUUGUCUGAGAUUAAAGUUUAAUUGCAGGGUGUGCAUGUUUCAGUGCUUUGAAGUAAUCCAUCACAAAUCAUCUUCAGUAUGGUAUAUGUAAAGGGUGAGAAAAGCCAACAAAUCUUUUGACUCCUUUUAACAUAUUUUCUAAGAGCACUGUUACUCUUAGACAGUCUUAGUCACUGUUGCUAUGAGCUGACUGGUACAUGUGCGUUCUCACUUACUGCUAGGUAUGAAUUUGGUAUGAUUAACCACAAGAUCUAAGUUGAACUGAAAAAGAGCAAAUUGAAUGAACUGAAAUGUUCUCCCUUGUGCUUCAUAUGUACACUGGGAAAGAGAUUGGUCUCAUUGUACUCUAUGGGUAUUUGUAUAUUAUCAAGUCAACUUCUGAUAACUACAGCCAUUAUUAUUGCCCCACUGACAUUGACAGAAGUGCAUGUUGAAUGUAUGUGCUCUAGUUAAUGCAUUUCACCGGGAUUGUGGAAAGCUUAAUAUACCAUGUUUUAUGGAAGGGAAAUUAAAAUCUCUCAAGCAAUAUUUUUACCAGAAUAUGGGGAUGAUUCUGCAUGUGUAUAUGUUCCAUGGUUUUGUCAUUCAAGAAUACAAAUAUUUUCUUUGAAGGAUAAUUGAGAAAUGUACAUGAGAUUUGGUUAUGGUGAUUCAUUUUGUCUAAUAAAAUGAUGGUGGGUCUUG